CUGCAGGCCAUAUUUGCCAGUCAGCCGUGUGUGAGCGCAAGAGUGGCCGUCGCAGCAAUUGUCCGCCUCCUGUAAAUACUCUCCGUUCGCACAGACUCCGCCAAAAUGGUCUUACCCGAGGACAGCCCCAUCUACGGACCCUUCUUCGGCGUCAUGGGUGCCGCGUCGGCCAUCAUUUUCAGUUCCCUGGGCGCCGCCUAUGGAACAGCAAAAUCGGGCACAGGCAUCUCAGCAAUGUCGGUUAUGCGACCUGAGCUGAUCAUGAAGUCCAUCAUCCCCGUGGUCAUGGCUGGUAUCAUUGCCAUCUACGGUCUGGUCGUGGCCGUGCUCAUCGCCGGUGCCCUUGAAGAGCCCAAGAAUGGAUACAACCUCUACAAGGGAUUCGUGCACCUGGGUGCCGGUCUUGCGGUGGGCUUCAGUGGCCUGGCGGCAGGUUUUGCAAUCGGCAUUGUGGGAGACGCGGGUGUGAGAGGCACGGCCCAGCAGCCCCGUCUCUUCGUCGGCAUGAUCCUCAUCCUGAUUUUCGCUGAGGUGCUUGGUUUGUACGGCCUUAUCGUCGCCAUCUACCUCUACACCAAAUAAACAGCUUCACAGAGAGUCCCUUCCACUAGACCAUCGCCAAUCCACUACAAUUUAAUUUGUUCCCGACGAAAAAAUGAGUCCCACAGGAUUAUUCUGCCUGUUAAUUGAUUCAAACAUAACGUACAAGAAAGACCAACAAGCUGUCCCCCUUUUUCUGUUUGUAUUUAUUUUAGUGUCCAGAUGGCUAUGAUGACUAUUAGUUGAUGUAGCACAAUAAUUAAUUGAGAAAGAACGACGUUAUUGUAUAUAUUCCACACUUUGUUGCUUUUGUUUUUUGGAAGGAAUUCAGCUCAACGCUGAAGAACAAUAAUAAAAGUAUUAAUUAAUUCAUCACUCCAAAGUGAACAUAUCGGGCCCUGAUUUUAACUUUUGUUCGUGUCGAUUUGGUCGAAAGUUUUAACACAAAACCAAUCGGAAAAAAAUUCAUUCAUAACAAUUCUUGUUGUUCCCCCAUAAGUCGAUCAAAUUUAUUGCAAGUGUCGGAGGGAUAAAAUUUAACAUGUAAGGAGAAUUACUAGAUGAGGCAAAACUGCAUUAGGGGAGUUGUUGCAAAUAUUGUUCUUGGAAAUACACGAGCAAAUGAGUGAGCGAUAAAAAAGUGCUGUUGUUAUGACGGAGAACAAAUAAUUAUACAAAUGAAGUAAAUAAAUUUUUAUUGUUUCCGAAGAUUAUUUGGUAGAAAAUUAUAUAAACAUAAUAAAUGCGUGUACAUUCCGAUUAUAACUGUGUAUAAAAAGUGAGGGUGGGUGGGUCAAUUAUAAGCUAUUACUUGUUAUAAAUGUGCAUGUGUAAUCAGCCAUUGUAUAAUCGAAAUAUUUAAAAAAAAAAAAAAAUCACCUCACCUUGCUUUUUGGCAUCUUCAUUCAAACUGCAUGGAAAGAAAUUACACUCUCAUUCCUCUUUUUCUUUUGGUUCAUUCGUGUGGCUGGCAGAGCCGAAAAAAUAUUACACAAGUAUAUAAUGAUUAUUACUCGCGGUAGCUAAACCUCAGCAAACAUCUAUGAUUCUUCUCGAUGAACAGUGUUGCAAACAAGAAAAUGAAUUAAAAAAAAAAAUCAUGAUGUACUCUUAACGGAAGUAAAAGAAAUUAAAUUACACCUCUAUCAACCUCUACAAACUGUUACGAAGAAAAUUAACACAAUCGUAUGCGUAUUUUAGAGUGUCUGUAUGUAUUGUUGUGUGAAUGCGGAUUCAAAAUACGAAAUAAAAAUACAAACAAAUAUUAUGAAACAUGA